UUACUGUCUACUAAACCUUAUCAGAAAUAGAAUUUGGUAGUCUUGAACUCGAAAACAUUACUACCGUCUGGUCAAAAGUAUCUUUAAGAUACUAUUCCCACUGCACCAAACUCUUCCAAAGUGCAUUCACCUUUUUGCGGCUGUGAGUGACAUAAGACAUAAGAGUCUACAAAACGCUACACCUAAACUAAACGCUACAAAACAUCGUCCCAAAACGCGAUUGCAUUCAAAUCAAAGCAUUCCAGCAGCAUUGCGCUAAAAAUAGAUGAAUAAAAACAACACGAUCAAAAAUCGGCUGCGUUUCUUGCAGUUGCAUGCCACACAAACCGAACGAACCCACCACCAUUCAUAAAUCUUCCACCUUUUCGUGUUUGCAUGUAAAACUUAGUCCUACCGUAAACGAUGCAACCACCAUAAAAUGCUGCACGCAAACCGCCGAUAGCGCUGUUGCCAUUUGUUGCUUCUUUUUUUUCUCCAACAUCAAAAUAAAACAUACGAAAAUGGUUUCGAUCCGUCGCAACUGGGUUCGUCAUACGCAAUCUGCGCGGAAUCCGUUUGCGGACAUGGGCACAUGGAAGGAAUGGAUCACGCUGCGAGUGGUUGCAUGCGUCGAAGUAAACACACAUACAGUGUAACGCGGAAUGCACUGGAAUGCAUUUGUUUCCAUUUUUGUGUUCGCUUCAAAUCUACAGAUGCUUUCGGUCGGUGUAGUUUCGGAAAGCCAUUGCGGAGAGCGGAUUGAUGAAAUACGUACAAGUGUGUGGUAGUAGCUGUACCGUGUGUGCAAGGCACACUUGCACUAGCCACUGUUGAGCUACGAUCAGCGCACGCAUGGGUAUAAGAUGAUGAUAAAAGCCAGUCGGGGCCGGAGGGGGAGUAGUGCAGCAAGCAUUAAACACGUUUUGCUUUCGUUUGGCCGUCGCAUGUGUCACGCUGAUUGACCAAAAGUAGUACACGAACGGUACCGAAACAUUGACCCCGGGUCCAGUGGUGGGGUAAGAUUAUCUAAACCAUUGAUGCUUCGGGUUGCCAAAUUGCGGGGAGACUGAGUUUAAAAAUAAACAAACCCACUCAUUGUGAGAGGUACCAAGCGUACCAAGAAGCGGAACCGCACUCUAACCGUAGGACACAAUUGCUGUAUUGUGCCAUUGUCAAUAAGUGGCGACGGUCAUUAACUGCUGCUGCAGUUGAUAACCCUUUUCCUUCUCUUUUGCUGAUUAAGAGUUUUAGGAGAAGUUCGAAAAUAGUUUCAAAUAAUAAUAAAAAUAAUAUCAUUCUAAGAUAAAUGUCCCUGCAAUGCUUUCUUAUCACAUAACGAAAAGCAAUAUUAGAACAAGGAACGAAAUGUUACAACAGGGAAAAUUCAUGACAUACUUUGUUUGAAGCUACUGCGCCGUUAUUGCGUGUAACGCACACGUGUGUUUAGUACGCAACAGAGAGAAAAGGCUGUGCGUGUCUAGCCGCCGGAAGCUGCAGCGACAUUCUAAUGCGCUGGACAACGGUUGUGGCGCACAAAACACAGGGAGCGAACCCUCAGCAACAAGGGGAGAGAAUCAGAUUCCACAAGUAAGUGAAAAAAAGAAAUGUAACACAAAGAGAGGGGUUACACGGGCGUAUAUAGGGAUGAUUUUGUGCGCUUCACAUUCCAUUCUUGAAAUGAAAGAAAAGCGGCCAAGAACGGAAUGGGAAUAAAUGGGGAAGUUUAUUAUUAUCUAUUAGAUUAAUACUAAGCUCAAUAACCCACUCAAUUAUUUGUUUUUAUCAAUCAGAAUGAAAAUAAAGCAAAUUUGUAAAAUAAAAUCACUAAGCACAUCGUUACACUUAUCGGUUUUCUUAUAUCAGUUACAGUUUUUACAUCAAGAUUACGAUCAGUUUGCUACACGUGCUCGAGGAAGCACGGCACAAAGCACAUGACGCUCCGUUUUCCAGCCGCGCAAUGGCCAAGUGUCGGCUCUGUUUACCAAACAAAGAGAACACCACGUCAUAUCAACGAGUAAGGCCCGGCCAAAACGUUUGUAGUAAACAAACCCUUUAUGUUUCGAGCUCACAACUCCCGUCACAACUCACUGAUGGAACACAGCUGUGAGGAGCAUGUAAAUGUAGUGAUUUUUGUUUACAUUUUCUAAAUUUGUUUGAAGCUCAACCUUUUUUCAAGCAGAGACGCUACGUGUAUCGAACUGCGCAAAACCAUCACCAAAACACAUGCCGAUUGAGCUAUAUUUUGCAGCGUUAGAUCGCACUUUAUAGCCCUGACGGCAUAGAUAGGCCGCGAAGAGGUGGCAAGAAGGGACAGCUGCAAAGCAAAUGGACAGCUAAGCGACACACUGGUUGUAAUAUGGCACGAGGACAAAGCGCACAACCGGCCACGUAUGGCAGUGAUAAGCGAUAUAACCUAACGAUAGCACCGGCACACGGUGACUUAGGUGUCUAGUGAAUGAACAGCUUUGUUGGCUAUCGAUAUGCGAGGUUAAUUUCCCUACAUAAACUGUUACACUUCAACAUUCAACUACAGUUUGAGAGACCCACCAACAUCAAGAAGCAGUUUUAUCGCACAUUACCAAAUGUACUGUUUUCAUUGAUUCAACCUUUCCGAAUGUUCAAGAUAAGAGACAACGACAAGAAACAAGAAAAUUACAUUGAUGUAGCAUCAACUCAUCACGAUGCUAUUUUGGGCUGUGUUGGACCUUCCAGUAAAUGAACCACAGGCUUCAGUCCCAGUCUGGUACGGUGCGUUGGUGGGAGCUUGUCUUCUGUUUCGUUACACUUCUCCAAACAUGUCCCAAGUUUAGCUUCAAUAUGAGAUUCGGUCCCUCGUACCGUUUCACCUUGUGCCGGUCUGAGUUGAUUCUACUUUUCUUACUUGCCAUCGCGCUUGUGCUUAUCGUACAUCAAUAUUCUCGGGCAGUGUUGCAGCAGGUUUCGGUGGUAUCUUCCCAGCCCCACUAUAAACGUCAACAAGCACCCCAACAUAUCGUCACGGCUCAUCAUGCCCCACCGGGUCACAUGGGAGAACCGGUAACGCUACCACAAGAGCAUGGAAACAUACCGGACAACGUGCAGGAACAGAUUGCACUCGGCUGGCAGCGGCAAGGUUACAAUCAGUUCGUUUCGGAUUUAAUUUCCGUGCGGCGGCAACUGCCUGAUGUACGCGAUCCCUGGUGUCACGAACGAACGCGAUCAGCAUUGCCACCGGUCUCUAUUGUGAUUGUGUUUCACGAUGAAGCUCUGUCGGUGCUGUUGCGCACUGUCCAUUCCGUUUUGAACCGUACACCACCGGAACUGGUACAGGAGGUCGUGCUGAUAGACGAUUGGUCCAGUUUGGUACAACUGAAAACAUUCCUGGACGACUACUUUCUGCCGUACAGUGACAAGGUACGCAUUCUACGAACUCCAAAAAGGCUUGGACUGAUAACGGGAAGAAUAUUCGGCGCAAAACGUGCAUCGGCCGACUACCUGCUCUUCCUCGAUGCGCACUGCGAGUGUCUCGAGGGGUGGCUAGAGCCUUUGCUGGAACUAGUGGCCAGCAAUCAGGACCGCCGGAAAGUGGUUGCAGUACCCACCAUCGAUUGGCUGAACGAGACCACAUUGGCGCUUCAGGUAGGCGCUUCCAGUGGACUGUACGGAGCGUUCGAUUGGAAUCUUAGCUUCCAGUGGCGACCACGGUACGAUCGACUUCAGGCCCCACAAGAGCACUUGCUCGAACCAUUCGACACACCAGUAAUGGCGGGUGGACUGUUCUGCAUUGAGAAGGCAUUUUUCGCCCAACUCGGCUGGUACGAUCCCGGGCUGCAGGUUUACGGUGGCGAAAACAUGGAACUAUCCUUCAAAGUGUGGAUGUGUGGUGGAGCGAUCCAAACGGUGCCCUGUUCGCAUGUCGCUCACAUCCAGAAGCGUAAUCAUCCUUACAUCGGGAGCUACACCAAGGAACGGGACCUAACGAUGAGGAACAGUCUACGGGUGGCCGAAGUGUGGAUGGAUGAGUAUGCUGAGUUUCUCUAUCGCCUGCAUCCCGAUUAUCGAACUCUUUUAGCAUCGCGAACUUCCAACACGCCAUCAAGCGUAAAUCUCGACGCUCGUCGACAGCUUCGCAGUGAGUUGGGCUGUAAGUCUUUUCACUGGUAUCUGCAGCACGUGUUUCCCGAGCAGGAUGAUCCAUCCGAGGCGCAGGCCGCGGGUUGGAUCCGGCAUGAAAACGAAGCCGGUCAACUCUGUCUCACCUGGCCGAUGCGUGAUCGUUCGUUGGCUUUGCUGCACUGCCAUGGGUUAGGGGGGCAACAGAUUUGGUUUCACCGCAAAACGGGAGAGAUCACCCGAGAGGGACACUGUCUGGGUGUGGACAGUGAUAAUAAACCACAAGAAGCGGAGGUGACGAUCGCACUCUGUAGCUCCGAGGGUAGCUCCGGCGCCUAUAGAUGGCUCUAUCGUCGACAGACAGGCCAGCUAGUGAAUGUUGCCAGCGGACUGUGUCUAGUGCCAGCGGAUAAUAAUUUUCGCGUGACGGUGGAACGAUGUGAGUCGUCUGAUCGAGAGAUCUUUACACAAUCCAAUCGGCAGCGGUGGACUUUUCAAAUCGAUGAUAUAUGAGAGGGGUGUUUUUUUAAGAGGAUCAAUAAAAUUAAUUAAAAAUAA